AACCCAACUCAGCAAAUUCAUUGCUUCCCUUUAGAUUUCCUUGUUCACACCCAAAUCUCACAAGCUCCUUCUCGUCUUCUCAUCCUCUCUCUCUCUCUGUUUGGUUUGUGUCUUCUGAGAAAUUAAAAUGGAAUUCGCCCAGGAGAACUGCAAUGGCAACGGCUCCCUCAAAAGCUUCUGCAUCCAACAAGACCCAUUGAAUUGGGAGAAGGCCGCCGAGUCUCUCAAGGGCAGUCACCUCGAUGAGGUUAAGCGCAUGGUCCAGGAAUUCCGGAAGCCCGUCGUCCGUCUCGGUGGCCAGACCCUUACCAUCUCUCAAGUGGCCGCCAUCGCCACUCACGACGCCGGCGUCAAGGUCGUGCUCUCCGAGUCCGCCAGAGCCGGAGUCAAAGCAAGCAGCGACUGGGUAAUGGAGAGCAUGAACAAGGGCACCGACAGCUACGGUGUCACCACCGGUUUUGGUGCUACUUCCCACAGGAGAACCAAACAAGGAGGAGCCCUUCAGAAGGAGCUUAUUAGAUUUUUGAACGCUGGAAUCUUUGGGAACGGAGUGGAAUCGUGCCACACGCUGCCACACUCGGCCACGAGAGCGGCCAUGCUGGUGAGGAUCAAUACACUUCUGCAAGGAUACUCCGGCAUCCGUUUCGAGAUCUUGGAAGCCAUUACCAAGCUCCUGAACAGCAACAUCACUCCAUGCUUGCCUCUGAGAGGUACCAUCACAGCGUCCGGCGAUCUCGUCCCGCUGUCCUACAUCGCCGGUCUCUUGACCGGCCGACCCAAUUCCGUCGCCGUGGGACCCGACGGACAGAACCUUAAUGCCGCUGAAGCCUUCAGCCUUGCCGGGAUCAAUGGUGGGUUCUUUGAGCUGCAGCCUAAGGAGGGUCUCGCGCUUGUUAAUGGCACUGCAGUGGGGUCUGGUCUGGCUUCCAUGGUUCUCUUCGAGGCCAACGUGCUCGGUGUCUUAUCGGAAGUGUUGUCGGCCAUCUUCGCCGAAGUUAUGCAAGGGAAGCCCGAGUUUACCGACCACCUGACUCACAAGUUGAAGCACCACCCGGGUCAAAUUGAGGCUGCAGCUAUCAUGGAACACAUCUUGGACGGAAGCUAUUACAUUAAGGCAGCUCAGAAGCUCCAUGAGAUUGAUCCCCUGCAGAAGCCCAAGCAAGACAGAUACGCCCUGCGUACGUCUCCGCAGUGGCUGGGCCCCCAGAUUGAAGUGAUCAGAUCAUCGACCAAGUCGAUCGAACGGGAGAUCAACUCUGUGAAUGAUAACCCAUUGAUCGAUGUCUCCAGGAACAAGGCCCUCCAUGGCGGAAAUUUCCAGGGAACUCCAAUUGGUGUUUCCAUGGACAACACCCGGUUGGCGAUUGCCUCCAUCGGAAAGCUCAUGUUUGCACAGUUCUCCGAGCUGGUUAACGAUUUCUACAACAACGGGUUACCAUCCAACCUAUCAGCAAGUCGAAACCCCAGCUUAGAUUAUGGCUUCAAGGGUGCCGAGAUCGCAAUGGCAGCCUACUGCUCUGAACUCCAGUUCCUCGCGAAUCCGGUGACCAACCACGUCCAAAGUGCAGAGCAGCACAACCAGGAUGUCAACUCCUUGGGCUUGAUCUCUUCCAGAAAGACUGCCGAGGCAGUGGACACAUUGAAGCUCAUGUCUGCAACAUACUUGGUUGCACUGUGCCAGGCAAUUGAUUUGAGGCACCUGGAGGAGAUUUUGAAGAGCACAGUCAAGAACACAGUGAGCCAAGUGGCCAAGAGGGUUCUCACCAUGGGCGUCAACGGAGAGCUCCACCCUUCGAGGUUCUGCGAGAAGGAUUUGCUCAAGGUGGUCGACCGAGAACACGUCUUCGCCUACAUCGACGACCCAUGCAGCGCCACCUACCCGCUAAUGCAAAAACUCAGGCAAGUCCUCGUCGAGCACGCGCUCCUCAACGGCGAGAACGAGAAGAACUCCAACACCUCAAUCUUCCAGAAGAUCACCGCCUUGGAGGAGGACCUUAAGACGCUUCUGCCCAAAGAAGUAGAGGCUGCGAGAAUCGCCUACGAGAGCGGGAGCCCGGCAAUCCCGAACCGCAUCAAGGAAUGCAGGUCAUACCCAUUGUACAAGCUCGUGAGAGAAGAGCUGCAGACCGGUUUGCUGACCGGCGAGAAGGUCCGAUCACCGGGGGAGGAGUUCGACAAGGUGUUCACUGCAAUAUGCCAGGGGAAAAUAAUCGAUCCUCUAUUGGAUUGUCUCAAGGGUUGGAACGGUGCCCCUCUUCCAAUCUGCUAGACUAUUUACUACCAUUUACUGCAUUUCGACAUUAAUUGUUCUGUUCUUUUAUUUUCCUUUAAUAAGUUUUUUUUUUUUAAUUUUAUUUCAUGGAUUGCCGGCCAUACAACGCCGGUUUCCGGCAGUCGACAGGUGAUUUUCCAGCCGUUUACGUUGCUUGUAUGUUUUCUUUGCUUUGUAAUCUCUUGACUUUGAUUUUGAUGCAACAUCAAAUGUAAUAUAUUCAAGCUAUUAGCCAUGGUUCCUUGUAUUC